CAAUGUAGGGGAAAAAGCUUCAUGCACCGAUCGAUAACACUGAUGUGGUCUCUCGUUUGGCUCCUCUGGUUACAGUCUGAAUUUUACCGCUGCAAAAGUCGGUCGGGGUUUUCGUUCUAUCGGUACAUCCAGCCAACCGUGCUCCGGGGGUCCUUGGUUCUCCUGAUUGUGAAACUAGUGGGCUUCUGCAGGAAGGUAUUGCGCUGAAAUGUGCCAUUUUCGAUCAUUUAAUUCACAGUUCACGUUGAUCUGAGAUGCCGCUUUGUGAUAAUUUGACGAGUUUCUUGCAAAUGGAUGUGUGAAAAGUUACCAGUCAGCCAUUACAAUUUUCCUGCGUUUCGAAUCGAGUGUGGAAAAAUUUUCACCCUAGUGGAAAACCAUUUGGAGAGGGGACAGUGCAGGAGAAGACGGAGAGAGCUUUCCAUAACCAAGCUGCGGAAGGAGACCAAGGGUCGUUAAGAGGUCGUAGCAUUUUCAAUCGAAAACCUACUAAAAUCAGAAGCGCAAAUUUGGAUGUGACAAAAAUAACCAUCGUCGAUUGAUUGCGAAGGAAAUGGUUAUGUAACGUAUUCAGGAUACAUAUUCAUACCUAGUUUCAAAAGCGAACCUGGUCACUGAGUGAUGCUCGGGAGAGUUGCAUGGAGAACCCCACGGAAAAUUGAAAGUAAAACCACGCGAGACAGUGUUAGUCGAAUGUGUGCUCGGUUUUCAUUCAUACUGAACAUUUUCGGAUAGUUUUGCAAUAUGUUCUGUGGUAUACGAGCGUGAUUAAACGACAUCAUCUGUGACGAGAGUUUAUUUAGGCGACACUGAAUGUAUUGAAGCGACUUGGCGGCCAAAAAAGCUAGUGAGAGAACGAACCUCCCAUGCUACGGGUAGGAUCGUUGAAUCGAUGUUGUUUGGUUUUCUUUUGGCCGGAGCAAUCUGAGGCUGCAUCUCGGUGAAGAGGCACAUGUGCGGGUCACGUUUCAGAACAAGAAACUCUCCGUCUCAGAAGACAUCCCUACGCUGGGGUGACAGCUGCUCUCCCUACUGAACAGGUGACCUCGACCACGGUUCUAUAUCACAUCAGAAGAUCCCACCACAGAGUUCGACUUCAUCUUCGCCUUUGCCGUCAUUCGUCGCCAUCGCCUCAUUCAUCUUGAACAGCAGGCCAACAUCGAAGUGAACACUAGACACUAAUACGUAAACAAUAGGGUAGCCAUUUCGUCGAAACAGUCAAAAGGUCAAAUACCAACCGAGAAAAAUCCCAAUCCCUAGCAAAAUGGUCGCUAUCAAAGUGUUGAGUCCUAGUUCUAAGUGUAACGUUUUACGCGUAAAAUAUCUGUGAUGUGUUAAAAGUCUACAAAUCAAUGUUCUAAGAUUUCAAAUCAAGUGUCGAAAGAAGCGACAAAAGGAUAGUCGUUUACAAAGUGUAUAAUAUAUAAUAAAUACCGUCAUAGAGUACCCGUAGGGCUCAGUGAAGGAAAGCAAACGGAAGAGCUAAUCUUCCCCACCGCCCACACAAUUCGUCACACACAUAACGAAGCACUCAGAUUCAUGUGAACCAGCAGUAAUUGGAGAGGUCCUUGUGCAUCCGUCUUUUUGAAGAUUACAUUCGCCAUCUACAAGAAGCGUCCUUAGUCAUCAGCACAUCCUUUAUCCUGUCAACGAAGUAAAAGCCCUGAACAACAAUCGGUACAAUAAAAACAAAUGACUCCUCACACUCGCUGGCUGUUGGUUACUCAUGGAGCACUUAAACCAAUAAACUAGAAGUCUGGUUAGGCUGGUGACAAAUCUUUCCUUUGGCACGUUUCAGGAAGAGCAAAACCCACCAUCGUCAAAAGUCCGUUCUCCUUUGGGGACUCUCUUACUAUUUCAGCGUUACUUAACUUCACACAUUACAAACGUCACAACCAUUCCAACUCUCACGAGGAAAAAAGAAUAAACACAAGCUUUAAGUAUUAUUAAGUCAGUCAGAAAGCAAGAUACAUCGUCAACCAUCACCUUCAUUAUCCGAAAAGGAAAGGCGAAUCCGGAGCACCGAUUGACUUCCCCUGAAUCAGAGUAUCAAAAACAAGACAAAUCUCCUAGACCUGACCAAUUCGCCGUGGCGGCGUCAUUAGAUUGAUAAAUCGCAUUUUAAGCGGGCCGUCAUCAACGAGUGGGCCCGAGGAAGCAAUAAAAGGAAGCACGCCAUCAGCUGUUGGCUAUUUUGGAUAGUAAUUUGCAGAAGCACUCACUAAAAACGUGUUGGGAGCCACCUAAAAAGCCACACCAUGAUCAACAUUGCCGGUGUAAUUAGUAUUGUUCUGUUCUACAUCUUGAUUUUGGCAGUCGGAAUAUGGGCCGGCCGGAAGAAGGAAUCCGGAAACGAUUCCGAGGAGGAGGUGAUGCUUGCCGGACGAUCGAUCGGGCUGUUUGUGGGAAUUUUCACCAUGACAGCCACAUGGGUCGGCGGCGGGUACAUCAACGGUACAGCGGAGGCAAUCUACACAUCCGGCCUGGUCUGGUGCCAGGCUCCGUUCGGCUAUGCACUUAGUUUGGUUUUCGGUGGAAUCUUCUUCGCCAAUCCGAUGCGAAAGCAAGGUUACAUCACCAUGUUGGAUCCGCUGCAGGACAGCUUUGGAGAGCGCAUGGGAGGACUGCUGUUUUUGCCGGCUCUGUGCGGAGAGGUGUUCUGGGCUGCCGGUAUCCUGGCCGCCCUCGGCGCUACCCUGUCGGUCAUCAUCGACAUGGAACAGGAGACCUCGGUUAUCCUGUCCGCGUGUAUCGCGGUAUUCUACACCCUGUUCGGAGGGCUGUACUCGGUGGCGUACACCGACGUCAUACAGCUGUUCUGUAUCUUCAUCGGGCUGUGGAUGUGUAUUCCGUUCGCUUGGUCCAAUGACCACGUCAAGAGCUUGUCGGGGAUGGAUGUCGACUGGAUCGGCGAAAUCGGCGAGGGUUAUCAUUGGUAUUAUGCAGACUAUGGACUACUGUUGAUAUUCGGUGGCAUACCAUGGCAGGUAUAUUUCCAACGUGUUUUGUCGAGCAAAACAGCUGGACGGGCCCAAAUCUUAUCCUACGUGGCCGCUUUUGGCUGCAUCCUAAUGGCAAUCCCACCAGUUUUGAUUGGAGCCAUCGCGAAAGCAACUCCAUGGAACGAAACUGACUACAAAGGCCCCUGGCCGCUGACAGCCCAGGAGACCAGCAUGAUUCUGCCGAUGGUGCUGCAGUACCUGACGCCGGACUUUGUGUCAUUCUUCGGCUUGGGGGCCGUGUCCGCUGCGGUCAUGUCCUCGGCCGAUUCAUCAGUAUUAUCCGCGUCGUCCAUGUUUGCCCGGAACGUGUACCGACUGAUCUUCCGCCAGCGUGCCUCAGAAAUGGAAAUUAUCUGGGUGAUGCGCGUAUCGAUCCUGGUGGUGGGCAUCCUCUCCACCAUAAUGGCCCUAACGAUACCCUCCAUCUACGGUUUGUGGUCUAUGUGUUCCGAUUUGGUGUACUGCAUUCUAUUCCCUCAGCUGCUCAUGGUGGUUCACUUCAAGAAACACUGCAAUACCUACGGGAGUCUGGCUGCAUACAUUAUCGCGUUCCUGGUGAGACUGUCGGGUGGUGAAGCGAUGCUCGGUCUGCCGGCGUUGAUCCACUAUCCGGGCUACAACGAGGAAACCGCCACGCAAAUGUUCCCCUUCCGUACGAUGGCCAUGAUUAUGAGUCUGGUCACGCUGAUAGGCGUCUCCUGGUGGACAAAAUGGGUCUUUGAAACUGGUCGUUUGGCACCGAACUACGACUACUUCCGCUGUGUGGUCAACAUUCCGGAGGAGUUGCAUCGAGUUGGAGAACCCUCCGACUCAGGAGAACAGCUCUCGGUAAUGGCCGGUGGAAUGACCCGAAUGUAUGGAGCGGCCACCAUGGUCGGCAAAGACGAACGAAACGGUCGGGUGAACCCGGCCCUGGAAGCGGAUGACGAUCUGCCAGUGGUGGAAGCGAAACGCCAAAUAGAGCAACAACAGCAACAGCAGUACGGUGGUGGAGCAACCGGUGGUGGCGGGGGUGUAUUUUUGAGCGACGGUAGUGUGGUUCCCGGAGCUCAGGCACACACGGCAUUUUGAAACCGGAUGCAGCAGUAAGGAACUGCUCUCACGUUACAUAGAAAGGGGUUGGGGUUGGGAUGGGGUAAGGUUUGCACACAGAUGGGAUGCUCCCAUACAUCAAUUAUUAGCAGCAAAAGGAACAGAUGUUCUCCGGGUUUUUAGGUUUUGCUAGCGUUAUUAAAACUAAUGGUUCAAAAAGAAAAUAUGCGAUGAAAGAUACGUUUUGGAGGGUGAAAAUUGAAUUUAAAUUCAUUAUGUUAACGAAUUAGUUUCAGUCUAACUGGAACUAUUGUUUAUUGGUUUAUUUCGUAAUCAGAGAUGACAAUUUUCUCUUCAUGAAGUAACUCGCGAGUAUAAACCAGUCAGUAUUCGCACCCACUUGAGUUGUGAGCCUGAAAAACAUAAAGAACGAGAAUAAAAACAAAAACACUCACGGGUUUUUGUUCGGGAACGACUAGUGAGAGUGCAUUUUAAAGUGGUUUUGAUAUCAAAUCAGUGAGCGUGUACGCGGCUGGCUUCAAAAGAUGUUUUAUCUGGAUUGUAGUAAGUCAUAAACAUUUUUUGUAAGGAAGUUCAAACACCUUCAAAUCUGCUUUGCAGCAUAGUUUUCAUUUUAGGAGAAAAAAUCACAGUUUUUAACUAUGAUGAUUUUUAAACUUGAAAAGCAUCUUCUUUCGUAUAUUUUCUCUCAGAACCAUUGUGUAUUACACAAUUACGGGUCAUUCACUAUUAUGGGCCAAUUUCAUUUGAAUAGUACAUAAAUAGCUAACAGAAUGGCCAAUAAUUGUGACAGAGUAACUCAGCAUUGUGCGGUGAAUGUGACUGUGGAACUGGUUUCCACUGGGCCAACCCGAGCACUAGAUUUUGGGUUCCACGUGAGUUACAUUUUGCAUAUACAUACAUAGAUGAAAAAGGGGUGCACAGGAAAACCCGCAGCUAACCUACAGCAAACGAUACAUAUCAAACAGUAUGACUAGUGUUUUAAGUGUUUAGUUUCCUGGGACUAACGCAAUCGAUACAUAUCAAACUAGGGCUUAAUGAAAACCAAAAAAAAAGAAAAAUUAUAGGCAAGUGGCAAAUAUUCCUAGGCCACAUUGUGUAAUCAUACAAGGAAACAACAUACGUGACGUGAAUCCGAGUGGUAUAUUUCAAAACAGUUUAAUUUUUGCGAUGAAGAUCAGAACAAAGAAAACGCAGCAAUUUUAGUAGCCAAUAAGAUGCUUAUCUACUUGUUUUGUAUAUGUUCGUUACUAUUUUAUAUUGUUUACAAGGGUAUGAAAUGAUUAGGUGAAAAGUGAGAUUAGGGAAGCUAUUAAAUAUAGUUUAUGUUGUCAGAAAUGUAUUCAUAAUUGUACUCAAACAGCAGGAACCAUGGAACCAAUUGUACAAAUCUUUGUUGUUUAGUGAGAUGAUCAAAAGUAUUAUCGUUUAUCCACCACAAACUCUGUCAAAUAGUGUAAAAGUUUCCCUCGAAUGCUGUACAAGAUAAAGAGAGCCAUUCUAACUUUCAUGUUACUGUUUUGUAAAAGUUUAUUUGCAUGUUCUUCUCCAAAAAAAAAGUUUUAAAGACACGAAGCUAUGUCAAGAAGGGAAUGUUUUUGUUGAGAUAAAAUGCUAACAACAAGUAAAAAUAACUCAAAAUAUCAGACAAUGGUGCUAGAGAAAAAAAAAACAGUUAUAACCCGGUUGUUGCGUCUGAAGAAAUAGGCAAUCGUAUAAGUACGAAGUCAAAUAAAGUGAUUGAAGAACUAAGUUUUGAUUAAAGAUAUAAAUUGGGCAAUUAAUUUUAUUUACAAUGUACAUCAAUUCUCUUAAAUCAGUUAUUGGAUUGUACUGCUUUGAAAAAGGAUAACAACAAAAAUGAAUAGAACUGAUUAAUAAAAUAAAAGCUAUAAUAGAAACUGCACUACACAGUUUACUGUAGAGUAAUCAAACUAAACUGUACUUGACCGUAGGUGUUAUAUUUAAAAAGAAUACCAACCAAUACUGAACAUAAGUUGAAGUAACGAAACAGGCAUUUGAAAUUCUCAUACAUAUCAAUAGACAUAAUCCAGAACAUGCGAUGGUGAUUCAAGCCCCCAAAUACAUAUCAAAAGGUGUCCUUCCAAAUUGAAAAGGAAUGUGAAGAAGAAAAAAACGAUGAGUGUGAAAUUAGUUUAUUGUACCUAAUAAUUUUAGAAAUGAAUGUGAUUUCGAGUAAGUUACGGCAAUGUGUCUCAGUCUCAAAUGCCUUCGAUUGCUACUUCGCACUGAAACGGGGAAGAUCGUUUGGUUUGUUGUUCUUUUCAUUUAAAUGUAUUCUUUCAAGAAUUUGUUUUGUUUUUGUUUUUAGAGAUACCUAAGUAACACAUCAUGUUUAAAGGCAAAUGCUCUUGAUUUGUGUCUCUUCAUUUCUAUUAAAUAAUAUUUUUGAAGACCUACAGGGGAUAGACAAAAUGAUCGGGACAGGCAAAAUUUUCACUUUCCAAAAAAUGUUCAACUAGCUGUUACUUUUCGAAAGGUGCAUCAAAUAUUCUUAAAUUUUCACUGUAAGUUCUUCAACUAGUUGUGUAUCAGUGGACACAAUUUGGAAAAGAUCGGACAAUUCUCCACGAAGUUAUAAAGAUUUUUGAAAAAGAUAAAAUUAUCCGAUAGCCAACUUUGAGCUGUUAUAUCUCCGGAUUCAAUGAACCGAUUGCAAUAAAAUUUUGACCAUUUAUGACUUAUAUAAUGAACUCUGGAAAACAUUUGACUUAACUUAAAAUUUUUAACAAGCAAAAAAGUUAUAGCGAUUUUAUUUUUUUCACGAUUUUUUAGUAAAUUGGUCUAUUUUUGAUAUGCAUCCCAUUACUUUUUCAAUUUAUUGGCGGUUAUUUUGUUACUUUCCUUCAAAACGCAUUUAUAUAUAAGUCAAUUAGAGGGAAACUAAAUGAACUAUACAUUGCAUCUUGAAUUUUGAAACGAUGUUGAUGUUUUGGAUAAUUUGGUGUUUUAUUAGAAAAAUAAUCUAAUCGUUAUAAUUUUAUGCCGUGUUAAUAAUAUUAAGUUAAGUCAAUGGUGUUUCAUAGCUCAUUAUAUAAGUCAUAAAUGGUCAAAAUUUCAUUGCAUUCGGUUCAUUGAAUCCGGAGAUAUAACAGCUCAAAGUUGGCUAUCGAAUAAUUUUACCUUUUCCAAAAGUCUUCAUAACUUCGUAAAGAAUUAUCCGAUCUUUUCCAAAUUUUGUCCACUGAUACACAACUAGUUAAGGAACUUACAGUAAAAUUUUGAGAAUAUUUGAUGCACCUUUCGAAAAGUUACAGCUAAUUGAACAUUUUUUGAAAAGUGAAAAUUUUGCCUGUCCCGAUCAUUUUGUCUAUCCCCUGUACGUUUUUCUGUCGUUUGCUUUCAAAUCAAUAUAAUUCUAACAUUUUAAAACCUACAUAAAAUAUGUAUAGUUUUGUAGGGUGGUCUACAAUUUUGGGUAGGUGUGUCCUAUUUUUGGCACUUUCCUCUUCUGACUCAGUCAACUGGCAUAAAAUUGACCAAGUAAUAAACGGAAAGUGCCCGAAAAAAAGGAUCCCCUGAGCAAAUGUUCCCACAAUCUUUAAAAAUAUAGUUCAAAAUGAUCGACUUCAACAUGCUCUAAUCUUGUUUCCCCAUAAAAAGAUGAGUAAAACCAAAACAACAGGAGGUUCAAAAUAUGCUGUAUGUUCGUACUGUGCAGGAAUUGCGCAGUUUAAUUUGACAUACAAAACUCCCACGACUUUCAAAAAGUCGGCUUUAUUAGUUAAUUUAUAGCCAACAAUCCCAAACGAUCCUAGCCGGAAAUCUCAUCUAUGUGAGGCGUUCCUCGAACACUUUCCAUCUAUUGUCAUAUACACGAAUCUUUUCACCAGUAAACAAACGCAGUUCGACUGCGAAAAUCAACGUUCAUUACUGUUUCAUCCUGUUGUUAUUCUAGUGUUACUAAUAUACUACCACACAUACAUUACAUCAAAGAAAAGAGAAGAGAGUAUAAACUACUAUUGCAUAUAUAUACAACCAAGAAAACAAAGCUAAAAACCAAAAAUUGAUUAGAAAUAUUAAGAAGCGAUGGCGACACAGAAACGACCAGGAAGAAAGUGCAGCAUAUUGUCAUAUAGUGUACAGGGCAAACUAUGAAUGUAGGGAAAGGCGAACUUUUGAGUAUGCUGAAAAAUAGUGUACUGCUUCUGGGUGGAAAAAUGUUGUAAUUAAUAGAUUAUAUAUACACACAAACACCGUUCGAGGGAUAUUACAAUUAAAUGGAGAUUCUUAUGCUGAUACUACGGGGAUCUGUAUUAACGACAAAGUGCUAAAAUUGUUGUUGGUCUUAUUUGAUUUUGACUUUUCUACAAAUGAUGCCGAAGCUAUUAUUUUAGAUUCACAACGGCUGAAAUUAAAGCUAAUAAUGCUACAAUUCGAUGAAGUUAGUCAAAACACACAACUCAAAAAAUUUCAAUAAAAAAUGCUGGAAUAAACUCGCAUUUUCUUUGGACAAAUAACAAUCAAAUGUGAACACACCUUCAGUAGUUUCUGAUACAUACAUAUUCCAUUUUACUCAAGGUUUCCUUCAGGAUACAUGUUUUGCCAGGAUAUGAAAAGUCUUUGUCAAAUAAUCGCAACAAUCAGUUAGAAUGCUUGUGUGAGCUGAAGUAUAGUAUCAAUAGCGCAUUAGAAUUCCCGUUAAAAACCUAGAUUUGAAGCGGUGCGAUAAGUUUAACGAUUGUUAUUGAUUGAAGAGAGCUAGAUCAUCUGUUGAACGCUUCCAUGCUGGAGUGGUUAAGAGUUUCAUAACAGUUAUGGGAUUGAUAGUUGAGAUAGAAAAAAUAAUGGGGGUGGGGGUCCAGAUGCUUAGGAAAAAAAUCACACCCAUACAUAUCAUAGAAGAGGGUUAUCAACAAAUACCGAGAGAAAUAGGUAAACGCGUGUGCAAUAAAAAAAAACUAAUCUGUAUUAUGACUAAAGGAAAUUAUAUACAUAUAUGUAUGUGUAAACUAAAACAUGCAAAAACCCAAAAACACAAUGAAUGCAAAUGGAAAACCAGAUACAUAUCAACUAUAAUAGGACUUAAAAUCUAGACGAAACAAUUGUUGUUAAAGUAUUUAACGAAACGAAAAAAAAAUGAAAAUAUAUGAACACAUAUCAUGGAA